GGAGUUUUCAAACAACACUAGCUUGCUAGUUAGCCGUGACACAUUUUCGCUCAGGGAACUACGGCAAACUUUACUGAGUUUUGGCUAGCGGGCUAGCCUGUUGUUGUUUAGACCAGUCAGCUAUGUCUGCGAGCUCCAAGAGGAGAAGAGCCACUUCACCCUCCAGCAGUGUGAGCGGAGGAGGAGACCUCGACGAUGCCUCCUCCUCUACUCCUGGAAGUGCCAGAAAAAGAAGAAGAACCUCCAAUGUUCCUCCUGUAGACACGAUUGCUGUAUGCCAUGAGCUCUUCAACGCUGUCAGGGACCACAAGGAUGACCAGGGGAGGCAACUUAGUGAAGUUUUCCUUAGGGUACCAAAGAGAAGGAAUCAGCCUGAUUAUUAUGAGAUGGUGUCCCAGCCAAUUGACAUGACAAAAAUUCAGUAUAAGCUGAAGUCAGAAGAUUAUCAGGAUGUGGAGCAGUUUACUGCAGAUUUCCAGCUCAUGUUCAGCAAUGCCAAAUCAUUCUACAAGAGUGACAGUGAGGAGUAUCGAGCUGCCUGCAAGUUGUGGGAGGUAUAUUUGCAAACAAGGACUGAGUUUGUGCAGCCUGGAGAUGGAGAUGAUGAUGACGAAGAUGGUGAUGACAUGAUGGAUACUCCAGGGAUGUCAACUGAAGAUGAAACCUCAACUGGCAGUUUGAAGGAGGUGUUAGAGCAACUCUUGGAGGCUAUAGUGUCACACACUGAUCCCUCAGGGCACCUGGUCAGUGAACUGUUCCAGAAACUGCCUUCCAAAGUGCAUUACCCAGACUACUAUGCCAUUAUAAAGGAGCCAAUAGAUCUGAGAGCUAUCGCUCAAAGAAUACAGAUUGGAUAUUAUAAGAGUGUCAAUGCCAUGGCCAAGGAUAUUGACCUGAUGGCCAAAAAUGCCAAAACAUACAAUGAACCCGGAUCUCAGGUUUUUAAGGAUGCUAACACCAUAAAGAAAGUUUUCAUCCAGAGGAAAACUGAACUUGAACACGCUGAACCCACUAAGUCUAGUCUUCGCAUCAGGUAUUCACUUCAAAAUCGCAGGUCUGGUCAGGGGGAUCGACUUUCCGGCGUCAGCGUAGCGCUUCAUUAUGGCUCAGAGAGUGAGGACGACCCCAUGCUCUCUGGCUCUGUGUGCUAUGACGAAGGCGAGUCGGAGGCUGAGAGUCAGAGUUCUAGUAUGGAGAUGGGCAACCCGAUCUUCCAGCUGUAUGAAGCUGUGAGGGGCGCCAGGAACAACCAGGGGCAACUCUUUUCUGAACCUUUCCAGCAGCUGCCCUCUCGCAGGGAAUAUCCCGACUAUUAUCAGCAGAUCAAACAGCCCAUCUGUCUGCAACAGAUCAGGGCAAAAAUGAAGAAUGGAGAGUAUGAGAGUGUGGAGCAGAUGGAUGCUGACCUCACUUUGAUGUUUGAGAAUGCAAAGCGCUACAACAUGCCUAACUCAAGCAUUUAUAAACGGGCCUUAAGGCUUCAGCAGAUCAUGCAGGCAAAAAAGAGGGAACUUCUGAGGAGAGAUGAUGAUGGAGACAGCAUUCUGUCAUCUGAUGCAGGGAGCAUCAAGAGAAAAAGUCACAAGAAAAACGUCAAAAAGAACCGAAUGAAAACCCUGUAUGCUUCAGUGACUGAGGCGAGGGAGGCAGGCACCAAUCGCCGUCUUUGUGAUCUUUUUAUGGUCAAGCCAUCCAAGAAGGACUACCCUGACUACUAUAAGGUUAUCCUCGAACCGAUGGACCUGAAGACUAUUGAGCACAACGUUCGCAUUGAACGCUAUGCCACAGAGGAAGCUCUAAUGGAUGACAUGAAGUUGAUGUUCCGUAACGCCCGGCAUUACAAUGAAGAGGGAUCUCAGGUAUAUAAUGAUGCUGACAUUCUAGAGAAGAUACUGAAGGACAAGCGCAAGGAGUUGGGACCUCCGCCUGAAGAGGAUGAUUUGGGAUCUCCCAAAUUGAAACUAAGAAAGAGUGGUGUUUCUCCAAAGAAGUCCAAAUACCUCACCCCUCUCCAGCAGAGGUUAAAUGAGCUCUAUGAUGCUGUGCGAAACUUCACUGACCGUCGAGGUCGCCGCCUGAGCACAAUCUUCCUCCGGCUGCCGUCUCGUGCAGAGUUGCCUGACUACUAUGCUACUAUCAAGCGCCCAAUCGAUAUGGAGCGCCUGCGAAGCCAUAUGGCAGCAGGCCGUUACCAGGAUGUAGAAGUUCUGGUGGAGGACUUUGCUCUCAUGUUCAACAAUGCCUGCAUUUACAAUGAGCCAGAGUCUCUGAUCUAUCGAGAUGCUCUUGUGUUGCACCGCGUGCUGCUGGAGACACGCAAGCAGCAGGAGGGAGGCGAGGACAGUGGGGCUCCUGCUGUGGGACCUCUGGUACGAGAGCUGAUCAGGAACCUGUUUGUGUCCAUGAUGGGUCACCAGGAUGAAGAGGGCAGAUGCUACAGUGACUCACUGGCUGAAAUUCCUGCUGUGGAUCCUGCUGCCCCUGAAAAGCUACCACUUAACUUUGAUGUCAUCAGAAUGAACGUGGAACGUGGCCGCUAUAGGAGAUUGGAUGUCUUCCAGGAACAUAUGUUCGAAGUUCUGGAGAAGGCAAGGAGGCUGCACAGGACUGACUCAGAGAUAUUUGAGGAUUCAGUGGAACUACAACAGUUUUUCAUUAAGAUCAGGGAUGAGCUAUGCAAGAAUGGAGAAAUUAUGCUGUCCACUGCACUCAACUACACAUUAAAACACCUGCACAGUGAUGUGGAUCAGGAAAAGAGGGAGAAAAUUCCCAAAGAGAUUGAGGAGGACAAGGAAAAGAAGGGGGAUGAAGAGGAAGAGGAGAACAAAGAGGGUGCAAAAGCAGAUGACCAGCCAGGAGAGGCUUCAGAGUCUGAGUCAGAGCGGGUGUACAGUCAGGACUGCAGUUUUGAAAACAAGACCUACCGUGUGGGAGACUUUGUCUAUGUGGAGCCGUCAGAGCCAAACCUUAAACCACACAUUGUCUGUAUUGAACGUCUGUGGGAGGAUGAAACAGGUGAGAAGUGGCUGUACGGCUGCUGGUUCUACAGGCCCAGUGAAACCUUCCACCUGGCCACACGCAAGUUUCUGGAAAAGGAGGCCUUCAAGAGUGACUACUAUAACAAAGUGUCCAUCAGUAAAGUCCGUGGCAAAUGUGUGGUCAUGUUUGUGAAGGAUUAUUUCAAACUUCAACCUGAGGGCUACAGAGCCGAGGAUGUCUACGUCUGUGAGUCCCGCUACACAGCCAGGAACAAAUCAUUCAAGAAGAUCAAGAUAUUUGCCAUGCCCCCAAGCUCUGUGAAACUUGCCUCUCGAGAGGUGCCGUUGCCUGUUGUCCGUGUUGCUUCCAUGUUUGCCAAGCCUGACCAGGAGACAUUCUCAUAUACAGACAACAACAGUUAUGUGGACAAGGAGAGAGAGGAUGUCCCCAUGGAAAUGAGUGGAGCUGAGACUGGUUGUCAGCACUAUGAGCAGUUGCGCUACAACAACUUGUGGUAUAAAGUGGGAGACUGUGUUUACAUCCAGUCGCAUGGUCUAUCCAAGCCCCGGGUUGCCAGGAUAGAGAAGCUGUGGGUGCAGAAUGGAACUACUUUCUUUUUUGGACCCAUCUUCAUCAAUCCGGAGGAAACCGAACACGAGCCCACAAAGAUGUUCUACAAGAGAGAGGUGUUUCUGAGCAACCUGGAGGAGACAUUGCCCAUGACCUGUGUCAUAGGCAAAUGUAUGGUGUCCUCCUUUAAGGACUACCUGUCAUGCAGACCAACCGAGGUUUCAGAAGAGGAUAUCCUGCUGUGUGAGAGCCGCUACAUCGAGACUGAGAAGCAGAUGAAAAAGUUCAAGGGGCUAAAACGUUUCUCAUACUCUUCUAAAGUGGUGGAAGAUGAGAUCUACUAUUUCAGGAAACUAGUAGUGCCACAGAAGGAAGCGUCCCCCUUUUUGAAUAAGAAGAUAGAAGAGCUUGAGGUUAAACUGGCAGAUAUUGAGGAUGCAGAUGAUGAUAUGGAAGACAUGGAUGAGGAGGAGGAGGCUCCAGCUACACCUUCUAUGCCUCAGAUGCAAACCCCAAUGACAAGUGAUAUGGAAAUCAUGCCAUACACACCUUCCCAGUCCACACCUAAAGUGAAGGGCCUGUCAAAGAAAGAAGGGGCCAAGAGGAAGAUCAACAUGAGUGGCUACAUCCUGUUCAGCAGUGAAAUGCGGGCAGUCAUCAAGGCUCGACACCCAGAUUUCUCCUUUGGGGAACUGAGUCGACUGGUGGGCACCGAGUGGAGGAACCUCGAGGCUUCCAAGAAAGCAGAGUAUGAAGAACGUGCAGCCAAAAUAGUGGAGCAACAAGAGCGUGAACGGCCACCCCAGAAGCAAGUGUCCCCAAGAGCAGGUACCCCAGUAGGGGCACUGAUGGGGAUGGUGCCUUCGCCUAACACUAUGGGCAUGAUAAACCAGACCAUGACACCUGUGUCAGGCAUGAUGGGAGCUUACGGCCCACCUUACAUGGCCAUGCAGGGCCCCCAUGACGGUUUGUUGAGUUUGGCACCAAUGCCACCUCAUUCCGCCGGGGGCCCCCACCUGCCUCCUCACCAUCUCCAGCAAGGUAUGCCUGGGUACCCUGGCAUGCUUCAUCAGGGUAUGAUGGGUGCUGGUAUGAAUGGCAUGGCAGGAAGUCCAGCAUCAGGAAACUAUAUGCAACAGCCUGGGAUGUACAGCCCAGGACAGCUUGCUCCUCCACCGUAUCCAGGGCAGGGCCAGUUAGGCCAACCUGCACACCUACAACCCACCUCGCCCAUGUUUGUGGCUCCACCACCAAAGACCCAGAGGGUGCUCCACUCAGAGGCCUACCUCAAGUACAUUGAGGGCUUGAAUUCAGAGUCUACCACUGUCAGCAAGUGGGACCAAACACUCAAAGCGCAAAGGCGAGAUGCUCACCUGACCAAAGAGCAAGAGAGCCGCCUGCCAGCUCAUUGGCUGAAGAGCAAAGGAGCGCACACCACCAUGGCAGAUGCACUGUGGCGCCUGCGUGACCUGAUGCUGAGAGACUCGCUGAACAUCUGCCAGGCGCACAACCUCUAAACUGCAGGACGCAUACCACUUGUAACCAGCUCACUCACUCACUGCUCUUUCCCUGAAGCGACAGUUUAGGAAGGAUUAUAGACCAUAGAAGCAAUAUUUUAUAGUGAAUCAUGAUGAAAUUUAUAUUUAUUAGCUAGCAUAAUGAGCUUGGUAGUUAUUUGCGUGUGCAUUUUCUUUUUUUCUUUUUUACACCAUGGGGAUUAAUUUAGCUGCAAAACCAGUGUUUUUGGCCGAUUGAUACUACCAAAAUAAAAUUCCUAACACCAUGUUUUUA